AUGUACAGCAGCCGGGCCCUGCGUGUGGUGCGCUGGGGCCGCCACACCUGCCACUGCUUGGACGCUGCUGCCCAGCUGCACACCAGGCAGUUUGCACCCAAGAAAGCCCUGAUCCUCACUAAGUUUUCAAGAUAUGAAUUUGAGAAAAAGAGGCAUGGAAACAUUCCGGAGGCGGAGCUGGAGAAGAGACUGAAGGAGCGUGGAUCAGACUACAACAUGCUGCUUUACCACCACUACCUGCAUAAAGGCUGUGAGAACACUGUGUGCAAGCUCUCCGCAACCAGAACAUUGACACAAAGGUUCGAUUAUAAAUCCGAUGUGAUCGAGGAGUCUGACAUCGUUUUCACAAUGGGCGGCGAUGGCACGUUCUUGCUCGGGGCGACGCGCAUCCUGCAUCCAAACAAGCCUAUAGUGGGAAUCAACAGCGACCCCACGCGCAGCGAGGGCCACCUGCUGCUGCCCAAACGAUACUCGGUCAACAUCAAGGAGGCUGUUCAGAGGCUGCUCGCAGGCAAGUUCCGCUGGCUGUUCCGCAAGCGGAUCCGAAUGACGCUGAUCGGCCAGGACGUGUACAAGCCUCCGGUCGAGCUCCACAACCAGCAGCUGCUCAACCCCGAGUACAGAGUGGCACCUCACCCGCGCCGUUUUCAACAGCUGGCCGCUCGUGACCAGCCGGCCGCCGAGGACGACAGCCUCUGCGACGACGAGUUCACGCGGCGCCGCUCGGCCUGCACGCUCUUCCUCGGCCUUCACGUCCAACAUGUGGAAUGUGUGGUGACCACGGCCGGCGGCGUGGAGGAGGACCUGAUCAAGUGCCUGGCAGAUACCUAUGUGGGUGCCUUCGACUUAAAAGGCGAGGGGCUCCGCAAGCGCGGCAUAAACCGGAUAGGCAAUCUCCUAGUACCCAACGACAACUACUGCAAAUUUGAAACAUGGGUCAUGCCAAUACUGGACAAACUGUUGGAAGAACAAAGCGAAAAGGGCACGCUGUGGUCGCCGUCGCGCAUCAUCGAGCGGCUGGGCCGGGAGAUCGGCGACACCCGCUCCGUGCUGUACUGGGCCGCCAAGAACAGCAUCCCCGUGUUCAGUCCGGCCCUCACCGACGGCAGCCUCGGGGACAUGAUGUUCUUCCACUCGUACAAGCGGCCCGGCCUCGUGGUCGACAUCCUCUCGGACCUGCGUCGUCUCAACUCGAUGGCGAUGAAGGCCCAGAGCACGGGCAUGAUCAUCAUCGGCGGCGGUCUGGUCAAACACCACAUCUGCAACGCCAACCUCAUGAACGGCGCCGACUUCUCCGUGUUCGUGAACACGGCCAGCGAGUUUGACGGCAGCGACGCGGGCGCCAGGCCCGACGAGGCCGUCUCGUGGGGCAAAAUCCGCGUGGACGCCCGGCCUGUCAAGGUGUACGCCGAGGCGUCUCUCGUGUUCCCACUGCUCGUGGCGGAAACGUUCGCUCGUCACCACUUCAGCAAGGCGCCGUCCGAGUCGGCGUAGAUGGCGGCCUUCGACAAGGCACGCAGCGGGGCCCGGCUGGGGCUCCUCGGCCCGGCCGGACAUGCGGAGACGGUCGGCGUCACGCUGCUGGCUACGAAACGAUUCGCUGCAUUCCUGCCGACCGCUAAGCGCGUGGCGUAGAUGCGUGUUUACCGUGGACGUGCGGCGUCAGCGGCCCGGUCAGGGAGGAGCCGGCGCUCAUCGUGCAUGGCCUGCCGUCGCACCGCCCCGCCCGCCGGGGCGUCCGCCCACCACUCGGCCGUGGCGCGUGGGCGCCCUGCCAUCUGUCGGACGGGCGCCAUUACUGGCGUGAAGAGGAGGGCGCACGCGUGCACUGUGAUUUGUGCAGCUUAUGGAGCCGCUGGAGCCGCACGCUGUGCUCCUUGUUUCCUGUUCUUGAGCGUAUGUGCUGCCCUUCUGCUGAUACAAUACAACAUGG